AUGGAACGCUCUAUUUGGCACGCUUUAUGCAAACAGCCCACCCACCCAGUCUCCACUGAAAAGUACACAUCACUUGUCUACGAUGCAACCACGCAACUAGAUGAACGCAUUCAAUCGGUCUUGUCGGCUUUAGAUCAACGCGCGAUUGGGUUGACAAAGCUUGCCAACUUUGAAUCAGCUGUUCGCGAUGCACAAGCUAUGCAACAGAUCUCGCCCACUUCACCACUCGGAUAUUUACGUGCAGCCACCAUUUACAGCGAGCAAGGAAAACAGAGCUAUGUGGUUGCCAUAUGCCUCAUAGGGCGCAGUCUGGUUGAUGCCAACGACCCCGGUUACGCCACGUUGGAACAUAUGAAGGACGCUGCCAUUCAACAAAAGUGUAGACGGAUCGACUUUAUCAGCCAGCUUCCGAUUGACAUUGUUGCUUCAAGGCUUAUUCCCAUGAUUAUCGAUGAUUCUCCUUUGGAUGCAUUGAAACCAUGUCCCUAUUUGCAUGUUUCGAAACAGUGGCGUGAUUGUAUCUUCCAAUAUUCAGAUGGAUUAUCAUUUAUGACUGGGAGACGGGCAAAACAACCAGAUUUGGAAAAGUGUUCGCAAUUGAUCAGGUUUUCUCGACACAUCAAGGAACUAGAAGUGAAUCAAUAUACCAAGGGUACCUGGCUUUGUGAUUUAUUACGUGACAAUGACUUUUGUUCGUUGCGGAAGAUAUGCAUUUGGGAGGUACGUCCCGCCUAUAUGGAUCAAUUUGUUUCGUCAUUGGAAUCCGUCGCCAUCACAUUGACGCAUCUCAGCAUUCAUGAGGAUCCUUGCAAUACAGUACCCAUGGCCAAGAUAUUAUCAACUUGCCCCAAUCUUGUUUCGCUUUCCAUCAGAGAGCCCGAUCUCGACACUUUUAUGGAACUACCCGAGACAACAACAUGGCCCAACAUCACAACAUUAUCGAUGAACGGUUUAGAAGUGAACCUUACGAGUGCUCAGGUGAACAGCAUUUGCCGCCGUUUUCCAGCAGUCAGGAAUCUUGACUUUUAUCCAUGUCCCGAUAUCAAAACGGCACUCAUGAUUCCAAAGUAUUGCCCGUUGUUGAAACGCGCUGAGAUUGACAUUGACGACUUUUUGAUAAACGUUCGAUUUGUGGAUAUCGAUACUGGAUCUGACGAGGUUGUGGUUACGAAGUUUUGGACCUUCAUUGAGGAAAUGGAAGAUGAGCGGGAUUGGGAUACUUUGGAUUUGGGCUCUGCUUUGAGGCAGCAUCGCACAACAAUCGAGGGCAUCACAUGGGACAUCUCCUGCGAAAGAGACUUUCACGACCUUGACGAUAUCCAAUACCCUCGCUUAAAGACGCUAUCCCUAGUCACCAACGCACCAUCCAUAACACAUCAUGCACCAAUACUUGAAGAGUUGACGCUAUCAGCAACAGCAAUCGAUGCCAAUCCUGCCGUUCUGGAUAAAAUACCAUCCACUUUGAAGAAGCUGAAGUUGGAUUUGGAGGAGAGCUCUGAAGAUAGUGAUCCAGAAGCCAUUGAAGGAUACCUUUGUCACGUGUCUGAGCAUUGCGAACUACAAGAACUUGCUAUCCGUUUCGGCGACUCGAAUGGCUUUCCCGAUGUGCUUGCUGCUAUCUACUGUUUCAAAAGCCUUAAACGCCUAAAUCUCAGAUUCUGCUGGACUUGGGAGCCACAUCAAAUGGAAAGAUUCUUUGACGGGCUUUUGUAUGGAUGUCCUUUUCUAUUGUGCCUUGAAAUCCAAUGCAUCAACGCUCCAUCGGUGUAUGCCCUGAAUGAAUUGAAACGACUUCCCUAUCUGAAGGAAAUUGCUUUUUCGAUCCAGGACAUGGAUCGCUAUGACAGCUUUUGGCAUGAACUUCGGACGUUUUCUCAACUCAAAUGCAUUCGUGUCUAUCAUGAAAAUUCAGUCAACAUGGCUCCAAUUCAACGCCUCAGCGAAUACAGGCGGGACAUGAAUAUCAUUACGCGGAGCUGGUUCGAACCAUUUUGA